UUUUGGGUUUUUUGUGUGUGUGUGUGUGUGUCGCUCAAUGCCACAGUUCCACCCCCGUGCGUGUCUUUGUUUUUCCUUCUUCUUCUUUGUGCGUCUUCCUGUUUUUCCUGCUCCUUUCUUUUUUUUCCCCCUCCUCUUUUUCCUGCUGCUGCUCUCUCUCUUCCUGUUAUUCCUCUUCUCCAAAGCCUUCAUACUCCUCUAUUUUCCUUUUUCCUCCUCCCGCCUGCUCACAAUCUCUCUUUUCUUCCUCUUUCUCUAUUCUUGGUGUUCCCCAUCUUGUAGCUUCUUCCUUUUCUUCCCUGCUGGUCCUUCUUCCAAUCCAUCCUCCCUUUUUCUUUCCCCUGCUUUUCUGCCGUCUUCUUUCUUUCUUCCUCCUUCCCCCUUUUGCCUGCUCACUUCCUUCUUCUACCUCUUCUUUGCGUUCCUUUUUUUCUCCUCCUCCUCCUACUUUUUCCCGUUCCUGUUCCUGUCAAGUUGCAGGGAUGAAGUUCAGCGGCGGCGGCGGCGGCCGUGUCGACGUGGCGUCGAUGCUGAGCGUUUGGGAAUCUCGGGUCAGGAAACAUCGUCAACGUCAGAAGAAAGAACAGGAGCGGAAGGACAGGAGCGCCCUCUCCAGGUCACACGCCGCACAACCGUCGUCAUUAAUCAUCGAUUACCAAUCGGUGAUGAGUUGACGGUCUGGAUCGAACAAGAGUGGCAAUAUCGGCUGCGCGGCGAGACGCUCGACACGCGACAACGCGACGUGCCCGACGGCUCCCUGAACGCAUCGACACGCAACACGCGCUCAGUUGGAGAAGGUCCGGAAGGGAAAGUUUUGGACGGCGACGUCGACGCCUUGUCGUUCCGUCUGUCCGGUGAGCAGUGGAAGGAUUUCCCACGUGAUCUUCAGUGGAAGACAUUCCUGCUGGAGUGGCACGUGACCGCCACGAGGAUCCGGAAGCUUCCAGACUACUUGGCUUCCUUCGGUCUCGUGAGGGUGCUGCACCUGUCCAAGAACAAACUGGAGGAGCUGCCCCCCGACAUCGGAAAGCUGCUGGAGUUGCGCGAGCUCAACGUCAGCUACAACCGUCUGUCGGCCGUCCCCGCCCAACUCGGGACGUGCGGCCACCUGGAACGCUUGGAACUUGCCGCAAAUCGCAACCUCUGCGAGCUGCCUUUUGAGCUGAGCUCUCUGAAGCGUCUGGCUCACUUGGACAUCGCCGAGAACGGCUUCGCGUCCAUCCCCGUGUGCGCUCUGAGGAUGAGCGGCCUGCGCUUCCUCGACCUCAGCCGCAACCGACUCCGAGAUCUCCCGCAGGACACGGACAGGCUGGAUUCGCUGGCGACGCUGCUCGUGCACGACAAUCUCCUUUCGUACCUUCCUGAAUGCCUCACCAACAUCGCCACGCUCCAGAUGGUCGUCGUCAGCGGAGAUCGUCUCGUGUGCGUGCCCACGCAACUUUGCAGCAACCCCAACAUCAAGUUCAUCCGCAUGUACGCCAGCGCGGCCGGCGGGCGGGGAAGGCAGGAAGAGGAAGUCGAAGAGGAGACGAAGGACAGCAGGGAGAAAGAAUUCAUGGACGCCUACGUCGGCACGCUCGAGGACAGAGAGGAAGUGCCCUACUCCACCACCAAAGUAAGCAUUUCCUGCCUGCUCUGACCCCGUCCCCAGGAGCCCCCCCCCCCCCAAAAAAAAAGAAAAAACUCAAAUCGGAUUGGUCCUUUUUUUUUUCAUUAUGAAGAUCCAAAACAUUCUUGCUCACAAUGCAGUUUUUAAUUGAUAUUUAAGUGUGAAUCUCUUCUUCAGCAAUUCCUCAUCU